AGGCAGUAGAAUAUAAAAGUCGUCGUGUCGUGAGUGUCUGAAGAACUCGGAGAAGAAGAAAGGGAUUUGUGGGGGGAAGGAAAAAACAUGGCGGCACGUAUGGGUUGUGAGCAUUAUACGCGGAGCUGCUUAUUGAAAGCACCCUGCUGUGGCAAACUGUAUGUAUGUCGACUGUGCCAUGAUGCUGAAGAGAAGCAUCAGAUGGAUCGAUUUAAAGUGAAAGAAGUGCAAUGUUCUGAGUGUCAAACAUUGCAACAGGCACAAAAGGUAUGCCAACAGUGUCAUGUGCAGUUCGGGGAGUACUACUGUGACAUUUGUCACUUGUUUGACAAGGAUAAGAAACAGUAUCACUGUCAUCUCUGUGGCAUAUGUAGUUUUGAUCCUUGCAGAAUUGGCCCACAAAAGAAGUAUUUCCAUUGUGACAAGUGCAAUUUGUGUUUGCCGCAGGACCUACAGGGGAACCACAAAUGUGUUGAAAAUGUUUCCAGGCAGAAUUGCCCAGUGUGUAUGGAGGAUAUCCACACAUCUCGAAUUGGAGCACAUGUUCUUCCCUGUGGUCACCUUCUCCAUACGAGCUGUUUCAAUGACAUGGUCAGAACUAGUGCUUAUCGCUGCCCUCUUUGCAUGCACUCAGUCUGUGACAUGAAGGCACAUUGGGAUCAGAUUGACAAAGAGAUUGCCCAGUCACCGAUGCCCACUGAAUACCAGGGUACCACUGUCAAAAUUAUGUGUAAUGACUGUCAGGCCCAUUGUACAGUGCCUUUCCAUGUCCUUGGGAUGAAGUGCACUGACUGUGGCUCGUAUAACACUGCACAGGAUGGAGGUCUCAUCCAGCAGCAUCCAGGGCCAGAUAAUGAAAAUGUGACGGGGACAAACACAGAGCAACAACAUGAUCAAGAUGAGACAGCUAUGCCACAUUAGCACAUUUUAAACAAUAAAUGGAUGGAUAUUGUAGAAUAAAUAUUUACAUUCUA